AUGCAGCGACCGAGCGGACCGACAGAGACCCAGAAGCAUUCCUGCCCCCCACUGCUGGCGCGGCGGCGCGCUCCUAAGACGGGCAGAACGGAGCGGGCGCCUUCCGUCGGCGGAUACAUUCCUCUCUUCGUAAAUGCAACUGCAGGCACAACAGUUUACGGAGCCUUUGAUCCAAUACAGGAGAUUGCAGAUAUAUGUGAAAAAUACAACCUCUGGCUCCAUGUAGAUGCUGCUUGGGGAGGUGGACUCUUAAUGUCCCGAAAGCAUCGUCAUAAACUGAAUGGAAUAGAAAGAGCCAAUUCAGUCACUUGGAAUCCACACAAGAUGAUGGGAGUAUUGUUGCAGUGUUCUGCCAUUCUGGUCCGGGAGAAGGGUAUACUUCAAGGCUGCAAUCAAAUGUGUGCAGGAUAUCUUUUCCAACAAGACAAACAGUAUGAUGUAUCCUACGACACGGGAGAUAAGGCAAUACAGUGUGGCCGACAUGUGGACAUUUUCAAAUUCUGGUUGAUGUGGAAGGCAAAGGGUACAGUGGGAUUUGAAAAUCAGAUCAACAAAUGCCUGGAACUGGCAGAAUAUCUCUAUACUAAAAUAAAAAACAGAGAAGAAUUUGAGAUGGUUUUUGAAGGAGAGCCGGAGCACACAAAUGUAUGUUUUUGGUAUAUUCCACCAAGUCUCAGAGGCAUGCCAGACUGUGAUGAGAGACGAGAAAAGCUGCACAGGGUGGCACCAAAAAUCAAAGCCCUGAUGAUGGAGUCAGGUACUACCAUGGUUGGAUAUCAGCCUCAGGGAGAUAAGGUCAACUUCUUCCGAAUGGUCAUCUCAAACCCAGCAGCAACGAAGUCUGACAUAGACUUCCUCAUUGAGGAAAUAGAGAGAUUGGGGCAGGAGCUGUAGUACAAUGGAUGAGUUAUUAAUUUCUCUAAUUCACUGUUUUCCAGUACUGGUUAUUUUUUUAACCCAGUUCUGCAGAACAUGUUUUAAGGAAAUUCUCUUUCUGUAAGUUUCAAUCUCCUAAGAUGUCCUUAAGCAGUGACAAAAACUUAUAGGCUACUGAAAUAUAUGUGUACUGGUAGAUCACUUUACUGAGGGAAAAUGUAUUAUCUUGAAGUUGAAGUACUGUUGACUCUUAGAUUAGUCUUGGUUUAUGCCAGCAGGAAAUUAGCAAGUGUGAAAAUAGAAAAUUAAGUGAACUCUGCACAGUAUAUAUGUACAGUAUAAAUAUAUAUCUAUAAUUAUAUAUAUAUACAUAUAUAUAUAUAUAAAUAUAUAAAGAGGUUAUGAACUUAGAUCUAAGCCACAGCAUGUUUUCCACUUUAAGAAAAUUAACUUUUCCUUCAACAACUAAUGAUGUGGAUAAUGUGCUACAGGUUUUCCUGCCAGGUAAAAAUAGACACAUAGAAACAUUUCUAAAAAGUAGAUUCUUAGGAGCUAAAGAAAAUGUAUAACAGUAUUGAAUCUUGUUGUUGGUGCUUCUGUCACAUACAAAACAGCAAUCUCUAACAGCACCUUCGAGUAAAAUAGUUGUAUUUUCCCUUUAGUGUCACAUCGGGGAUAAUAGUAGCAGAGUCAUUGUAACAGGUAUAUUAUUGCUGUAUUUUUAGAGGUUAAUUUGUGUAGAUUGUGUAUAUUAUUGUUAAAUGACUUUGUGUAAAAGGAUUUAAAUGUAAUAGGAUUACAGCAAGGUAAUCAUUGAAUUAUAGGUAUACAAAAUAUUUGCUUAUUUAUAUGCAGAGAUUUACCAUGCUGAAGAGUUGUCUUGUAUUUUCUUCCAUUUGUAAUGUAUCCUAUUUAUAUAUUAUUGAAGUUCUAAAUAACGUUUAUGGUAUUUUAGUGUAUUUGUGAGCCAAAGAAAAGAUACAAAAAUAUUAGCUAACACUUUCAUUUAAAUCCUAGUGCCCUUAAAAUGAUAAUUUACAGAUAAUUUUACUGAUUAUAAGGAGUUCUACCAUUGUACAUAGGCUGUCAAAUAAUAAAAUCCCCUUAAUCUAUUAGAAAUUUCAGUUCAUUAAAUGUAAUGUCUGACUGUCUGUUCAGUGUUCUGAAUGCUUUUCUAGUGAAUAUUGGUUGCUAACAAGGUCCCUGUUUUUGAGUUCUAUGUCAGGACUAAUCUCUAUGACCAUUUUAAGUAAAUUCUGUGGGAAAAUUCCUGAAGGUCUGUAGCAUUUAUGUGGGAGUCUAAAUGAGCAUCGUUCUUUCCAUGAAAUUAAGUUCACUGUAUGUUUG